AUGAUGUGGCCGCCAGGCACCCGGUGCGCCCCGCGGGGGCCGGGCUGGGAGGCCGGGAGGUGCGGGGAGGGCCGGGGCUGGGGGGCCGGGUGGGCCUCCGGCCCUGGCGCUGACGCCUCCCCGCAGGCGCUGCAGCAGUACGCGGCCUGCCAGUCUCACGCCUUCAUGAAGGGCAUCGGCACCUUCCUGGCAGGCAGCGGGGCCGCCUUCGCGGUGCAGAACAUGGCUCGGCAGAAGCUGCCAUACAGCCUGCAGUGGAGCCUGCUGUUGGCUGCGGCUGCAGGGUCCCUUGGAAGCUACGUGGUAACCAGAGCUGAGACACAGAAAUGCUCCAACUUCUGGAUUUAUCUGGAGACAGGCAAGUCCCCACAAGAGCUCGCCGUGACUGGUGGGGUGUCUCAGCCCGCAGUGGGUUCCUCAGCAGGGCUGGUGAUGUGGGCUGGCUGCACUUGCUGCUGCCUUCUGCCCUGCCUGCUUUGGAUAUUCAUGAAAGCCAGCACAAAAAGCUUAUUUGCUGGAAGAGGAAGGAGAAGAUAAGGGAUGGAGAGAGCAACUGAGAAAACCUCCCCAGUGCAGAAGAUGGGGACGGCACUGCAACACUGCUGAGGAGAAACAGGUACGGUGACGUGGUGGAGUAGCCAGCAGAGCAUAGCCUGCCGUGCUCGUGUCCCGCUUCACUCCCUCCUGUCUGCCCAGCCUGAUGCUGCCCAUGCUGCCCGUGAGGGUGGUGGGCUUGGUGACACUUCUGGAAAGCUCAGAGGACUUGAUCCUGCCAGAGAGAGCAUGGUGGAGGCACCUCAGGGAUUGCUGCCUGCCCCAUGGCCUCUGCACAUUCCCCUGGGGGUACAAUAAAAGUUGAGAGCGGAA